CUUCACCCGUCGCGUCGUGUGUUUGUGUUUUUGAUUUUUUGUUUAUUUUCGUGUUUUUCUUGUUUAUUUUUGCGAAAUUUUCACUUUGUUUGUUCGUUUACACGUUAUUUUGUGUGUUUUUUAAGUGUUCCCGCUGUGGCAUGGUUUGAAUCAGGAUGUCUGGAAUAACCCUUGCCGGCGGUCCUAAUUCGGCCCCAAACGAAAUUGGUGGCGACGGGGGCGCCACCAGAGCCCUGAAACUGCAAACGGACACGCCCCAUCUGGUGAGCAUGGGCGGCGACAGGCUCAGCACUUCUGUGACGUUGCAUCCCCUUCCACCAGGCCGAGUGACCCUAGGAAGCGGUCCAGGGGUGGAUAUCCCGGUCCAGGGCACGGGGGUCCAGGCCCUCCAUUGUCACAUAGAAAACAGCGAGGGCGUGGUCACGAUUUACCCUUUGUGCGAGAACUUGUCCAUAGAUGGCGUGAGGGUCGUGGGACCCACCAGACUCUCACAGGGUGUAAUGCUAACAAUCGGCCGCUCGAACUACCUGAGGUUCAACCAUCCCGCCGAGGCCAAAUUAAUGAAAUCGGUUCUACCAAACCCCAGAAUCUCAAUGGCCCCGAUGCACUUCGAACCUGCGGACUACCAACCGCCGAACCACAAAUUCAUCAAAAAACCCCCGGUGGUUCCCAAGAAGAGCUCGAGGGACUCUUUAUCAGACAGCGGAAGCGACGAGCCUCCCUCGAGCAUAAUGACCAAGGUGUCGAAGUUCGAGUACCUCGCUGCGCAGAAUCUGAAGAAGUCCUACUCGCCGAAGGUGUUCACUUCAAACGUGCCGACUGUUAAUGUGCCGGUCAAGGAUGUGCUCGGCAAAGACAUCGACAGUCUCAGUUUGAGGAAGAGUUUGCCCCAGAGUCCUGUCAAUUACGUCGAGCUGAAUACCGGCGAGAAACAUCACAAUAAAAGUCCUGGUCAGCCGGGCCUAUUUUCCAGACCGAAACAGUCCAGCUACGUGAACGUCACCCUAAACGAGACCAAAACCAUCAACAACCGAGUGAUCAUCUACGAGAACGGUUGCUCGAACGUCAACUUCGACCAUAACGACCUGAACAACAAAAUGGCGACGAAAAACGUGAACCUCAGCAGGGGAAACACGCCCAGUCCCAGUUUCAGUAGUAGGGCCAACACUACGCAGUAUUUUAGAAGUGUGACCCCCAGUCCUGUGUCAAACAACAUCAAAAUCGAGCACAGAAGGAGCGGAUCAGUGGGGGAACUCCCCGCCAAUUUCCUGGACGAUUUCGACCUUUUGACCACGAGGAAACAGGAAGCGGAAAUCCGUAGGAAUCAGGCCCAAAGGGAUCGUAUUAAGGAGCAGGAGUUGGAGAAGGCUGAGAAGCAACGAUUGGAGGAGAUUUUGAGCAUGUGCGCCGAGUACGAGAGACAGAGCUCGCAGAGUUCGAGCGAGAAGAGUAGCAAACCUUCGACUCCAAACAGGAUAAUCACCAACGGCUCCCUGCCGCGCGACAAACGCCCCCACCUCGGCUCCUCCUCCCCGUUCGGCUCCCCACCUCCCUCGCCUCUGGAAAUCCUCCACAACGAGCUCCUCAAACACUCCAACCACCACAACUACGAGAACCUCCCUGCCCCGCCUCCUUCCUCUUUACUCCAUAAAAAACCGGACGUUCCUCCCAGACCCUCCCAUUACGAAAACGUCGAGGUGAGGAGGCAGCAGGACAUUUCAGGUGAGGAGUAUGAGAACGUUCACGCCUCUUCCGGUGGCGGCGGAGUGGGGAGUCCAAGGACCAGAAUCAAGACGUUCGUGACCGCUAUAAGGGAUAAUAAUGUCAAAACGGCCGACGACUCAUUUGAGACGAAGAUAGCGGUCAUAGAGACGGAGAGGAAGCUACUGAAGGAGGCGGAGAAGGUGCUCAGGCAAAACCUGCACAAUUCCAAAGAAAUCACCCGCGAGAACUUCGACUUUUCGGGGGAGGUGGAGAGGGAGAAAGGCAACACGACGACGACCAAGUUCGUGUUUCCCCUGGAGAAUAGUGAGGAGAAACGGAAACUGGAGCAGCUGCGUAAGGAGAAGAAGGACAUUUUGGCCGUCAUGUCGCGGAUCAAGAGGCAAAUGGCGGAAAUCGAGAACCAAGAGGAGGAGCUGCAGCGGGAGAUUGACCUGGAGAAGGCUCUGAUCAACGGAGAGUUCAAGUCGAAGCAGCUAGAACUGGAAAAAAUCGAGGGGAAAAAGCAGAAGUUGCUGAAAAGGGCGCAGAGGAUCGAGGAUAGUAUGCGGGAUUGCCAAAUGAAGCAGGAAGAAGAUCAGAGGGAGUGUAAGAGGAAACUGGCGGCGGCCCAGGAGGUUAUGUGUGAGGUGGAGGAUAAACUGAAGGAAACUGAAAAGUCUAGUCCCCAAUACGAGGAAGUGUUCGAGGAAUACCUGCAGGCCCAAGAGCAGCUGGACAACGAGCGGAAAAACUUCGAGGACCUCGAGUUUCACCACUUGGAAGAGGAGGCGAACUGGCUGGCGAGCAGGGAGGAACUUCAAAGGGAAAUCGUCGAAUUGUCCAAUCGCACGGAGAGUUUGAAGGCGCAUAUUCAGGAAUUGGACAACCAAAGGCAGAAAACGUCCAAGACCAACUCGAACGAGUACAAGACGAUCGAUAGGCAGAAGAGCGAGUGCGCUGCUAGGUUGGAGGAGAUUAAACAUAGAUUAAAGUCCAUAGAUAACGAGCUGCACACGCAAACCAGCCUGGAAUCGGAUCCAGAGGCGAGUUCGGAAAGCGACUCGACGAGUAGCGACAAGUCGAAGGAUCCGGAGGAGAAAUCGUCGGAGAAAAUCUCGGAUUUGAGCUGCUCGAUGAUCGUCAGCGACCACAAGGUCAGCAGGGAGCAGGAUUUCAGCAUCAUGAGCCGCAGCUUUAACGAGAAAUUGUUGCAAGAAACCGGGGUUUUGGAGGAUGGAUUCGGUGCCAAAAAGUUCCCUAGCCAGGACGACAUCGACAGGAUCAGCAAAGUGACCUCCGACGCCCCCAUAAUCGAGGGUCGAGGCUCCCUCGGCCGUAAAGCCAUCGAAUCUCUUAAGGAAAUCGAACGUAACAGGCAUCUGCAUUUGUGCCAACAAGGGUCUCAAGUGAUCGAACAGGAAAGGCAAAGGGUGUUGGCAUUGAAACAGAGGGUGCAGGAGGAGGUGAUGUCGCAAUGGGCGCAACAGAGGCAGGACUCCUUGAUUUCUUCGGGGUCGGACGGGGCUAGAAGCAGUGAGCCUGACGUGGAAGCCAAGCCUGACGUGAAGCCGACUAUAGACGAUGACAACAGAGAGUCAAAAAGCGAAGAGAUAGACGACUCACCCCGACCCCUAUCGGAAAUCAGCGAGAUGAGCCUGGAGGUGGGGGGCACCCUGAACAACAAAAAGAGAAACAAACCGUGCGACAAACAGAGACCGCUUACCCGGUACCUGCCGAUCAGAGGCUCCGAUUUGGACUUGAGGCAACACAUCGAAUCUGCAGGCCACCAGGUGGUGCUGUGCCCCCACGUGCUGAUCAACUCGAGUAGCUGCAGAGGGUUUCUGCAUAAAAAAGGAUCGAAGCUGAAUGGUUGGUCUCGCAGGUGGUUCGUUUUCGAUAGGAAUAAGCACACGUUGACGUAUUAUGCUGAUAAGAGUGAGAAAAAGGCCAGGGGAGGGGCAUAUUUUCAGGCUAUAGAAGAGGUCUACCUGGACCACCUCAACACCGUAAAAUCCCCCAACCCUCACCUAACCUUCAUAGUAAAAACCCACGAGCGUUUGUACUAUUUAAUGGCACCUUCACCAGAAGCGAUGAGGAUCUGGGUCGAUGUCGUUUUUACUGGAGCAGAGGGUUAUAGGGAAUUCGAACAUGGAACUUGAAAACUUUAUUAACAUUCAACUGUUUUUUGAGUCGGUUAUUUUUUUUUGAGCAGUUUCUCGAGACGUUUGCUCAAUUUACAAUUAAGUAUCAUUUUUAACUACUUAGUGCCUUUUUGAGGAGACUGGAGGGAGGCGAAUAUUAUUAUGGUGCAGCUUAGGUUAGGUAUUCGCUUCGAAUUAUUGUACAUAGUCGUAUUUUUUUAUAACCACAGAUUAUGCGUGUAUUUUUAUUGUAAAAGUUAGGGACUAUUUUAUUGAAGAGCACUUUCUUUUUUUAAAUAUACACUGUGUGUAAGAA